AUGCGUCGUUACACGUGCGAAUGGCAGGAACUGGAUAUGACCAAGAAAGACAUCAGCUAUGACCAGCAGCGAUGCUUAAGAGCGCUUUGGAUCGCCAGCAGCGUGGAACACUCAAAGCGGGUUUUGAGGCAAAGAAGAAUAUCGCUACCACCGACAUUGGCGCUGACGCUACCGACAAUCGGUGCUCAACUAAGGCGGGCCUCUGCCAGGCUCACUGUCGGACAAAGUCAGAGCACUGACUUGCGGCUACAGCCGCCUCUGUUGCACUAUAAUCACGUGGGAGAUUGUUUUUUAGAAGCCUCGGAGGAGGUUGGCUCCGCUAGACGUUUGUGCCUCGCCGCCGCCGCCUCCGCCGCUGACAGAAAGUGA